AUGCCAAGGCGUAGAGUAGAGCGUACUUUAGAAGAAGAAGAGGAGUUUCAACGACCGGAACAUCAACGUCGUUAUCUUCAGAAUGCAAAAGCAACAAGACAUGAUGCCGCUACUAUCAUAAUUGAACCUGAAACAAGUAAUGUAACUAUUGAUCAUGAUGAGAUACGUAAUUUUAUAGAAACUCGUUAUGUCGGACCUGUAGAAGCUUGUUGGCGUAUUCUCGAAAAAAAAUUACAAGAUAAAAGUCAUACUAUAUUUCGUUUACCAGUCCAUCUUCCUAACGAACAAAAUGUUAUGAUUGAAAGUGAAGCUGAUGAAGAAGCAAUGACUUCUGCUUUAAAUCAAGUUACGAUGUUAAUUAAUUACUUCUCCUUAAAUUCUCGUGAUGAAGAAGCAAGACAAUAUUUAUAUAUAGAAAUUCCUCAGUGUUAUACGUUUAAAAAAGAGAAAAUCAGUGGAAAAAAUGUAGCAUAUUGGGCCAAACGUAAAAGUCAUUACAAUUGUAUAGGACGAAUAUAUUCCAUUAGUCCAACACAAAUUGAAUUAUUUCAUUUACGGCUAUUAUUGCUCACUGUAAAAGGAGCUACGAGUUUUGAUGAUUUAAAAACUGUCAAUGGAGAAAAAUGUCAAUCAUUUUCAGCGGCAUGUUUAGCUUUAGGUUUAAUUGAAGAUGAUGAUGAACGGAAACGAGCUAUGAAAGAAGCUGUUGGAUGGAUGAUGCCUCGACAACUUCGUAGAUUAUUUGUACGUAUAUUAUUACAUUGUCAACCAUUAUAUCCUGAAGAACUUUGGGAAAAUUUUAAAGUAGCAAUGUCGGAAGAUUAUAUUCGACACUUUGGAUUAAUACAAGGACAAAAGAAAGCAUAUACACAAAUUAAUACUAUGCUUUGUGUUGAAGGUAAAAAUCUUGCUGAUUUUCCCCAAAUGGAACAAUGUAUAAAUAAUGAUACAGAGAAUGAUUAUAUAAUACUUGAAGAAGCUAUGGAAGUUGGUACCAAACAAUAUAAUCAGUUAAAUAAUAAACAAAAAGAAAUAGUAGAUCUCGUAUUAAAUGAAUUAGAUACUAAUAAUCAUGAUAACAAUUGUAUUUAUAUCGAUGGUCCCAGUGGUUCAGGAAAAACAUUUAUAUAUACUACUAUAUAUCAUUUAGCCAAAAUUCGAAAUAAACAUGUAUGUUCAAUGGCUUUCACGGGUAUAGCAGCUACGUUAUUACCAGUAGGAAGAACAGUUCAUAAAAUAUUUGGAUUACCAGUUCCAUUAUAUGCUAAUUCAUCAUCUAACAUUAAAAUUCAAUCUAAAGAAGCUCAUUAUUUGAAAGAAACAGAUAUUUUUGUUUGGGAUGAAGCGCCAAUGGCACCACGCUAUGCUUUAGAGAUUAUAGAUCGAACACUGCGUGAUAUUAUGAAUAAUGCUUUACCUUUCGGUGGAAAAAUUAUUGUAUUAGGUGGUGAUUUUAGACAACUUCUUCCUAUUAAAGUACAUGUUCUUCCUGAGGAAACUGAAUUUGCAAAAUUUUUAUUGGAUAUGGGAGAUGGAAUAUUAAAUGAUUCUAAUGAUAAUAUACAACUCCCUGAUUGUUGCAUCACUCCCAUUAAUGCCGAUAUUGUACAAGAUGUAUAUAGUGAUUUGAUACAAAAUAAAGAAUUUGAUAAAAUGGCGAAAUGUGCGAUACUUUCUGCAAGAAAUGUUGAUGUUGAUGAAAUUAAUAAACAAGUUGUCAAAUUAUUUGAUGCAUUUGAAGAACGAAUUUAUACAAAUAUAGAUAGUACUGAAAAUUGCAAUGAUAAUGGCGACAUUGAUGAAGCUAUAUUACCAGAAUAUUUAAAUACUUUGUCUCCGUCAUCACUACCACCUUAUGAAUUACAUUUGAAACCAAACUGUGUUAUUAUGUUGAUUAGAAAUCUUAGUAUUAAUGAAGGUUUUUGUAAUGGCACUAGACUAAUGAUUAUUGAACUUGCUGAUCAUUUACUAAAAUAUGAAGUAAGAGAAAAAUUAGUAAUCGGUUUUUUACAUCAUCUUAUGUCACAGUAG